AUGGAUUUCGAAAGCUUUUACGACUACGGUUCAUUUGAUGACUACAAUGCCCUAAAACUUCCUUACAAGACUACUAACAAUUCAAAUUUCUCGAGGCAAUUCUCUAUGAUCAUCAUCCUUCCAAAAGAAACAAAAGGGCUGCCAAGUUUAAUCCACAAGUUCCGAGAAAACCCUAAUCUUCUGUCAAGAGAACAUUUAAAUUUAGAGAACACGAUGAUAACAUCCUUACAGAUCCCGAGAUUUAAACUGUCGCAUACCUUUCUUCCUUCAGAAGAUAUCAAAAAAUUAGGGUUAACAUUGCCAUUUAAACACAUGGAUGAACUCAAUGGUAUAGUUGAUGAUGAUGAACAUGUGUCACUUGGUGUUUCUAGAAUCACACAACAUACUCAAAUACAAUGCAAUGAGAAAGGUACAGAAGUAGUAGCUUGCACUUAUGAUUGGUGA